CACAAACUCAAACCCUUUAUAAUCCUUAUUCUCUCCUCUUCCUCUAAGGCCCUUCCCUCUCCUCUCCUAAACUUUUCGUUGGAGAGAGAACCAAACGUAAACAUCUCGAGCGAAGGGUAUCUUAGACGGAGUCGAGAAAUUUAUCUAUCAAGAUGGGUGAAGAUCAAGCUUUUGGGGUUUCCUCCGCCGCCGUUCCUCAAGGCGGUUCCAAGUGCUUCGACGACGAUGGCCGCCUCAAACGAACUGGGACCGUUUGGACUGCAAGUGCUCAUAUUAUCACGGCGGUGAUCGGCUCCGGCGUUCUAUCAUUGGCAUGGGCCACGGCGCAGCUCGGAUGGGUUGCUGGUCCGGCGGUUAUGUUCUUGUUCUCCAUGGUUACUUAUUACACUUCCAUUCUUCUCUCUGCUUGUUACCGGUCCGGCGACCCUGUUUCCGGCAAGAGAAAUUAUACGUAUAUGGACGCCGUUCAGGCCAAUCUUGGAGGAUUGAAUGUGAAAUUAUGUGGGCUUGUUCAAUAUCUCAAUCUUUUUGGAGUGGCAAUUGGGUAUACAAUAGCUUCAGCCAUAAGCAUGAUGGCUAUUAAGAGAUCGAAUUGCUUCCAUGCUAGUGGAGGGAAAGAUCCUUGUCAAAUUAAUAGCAAUCCUUAUAUGAUAGCCUUUGGGAUUAUACAGAUAAUCUUCUCUCAAAUCCCAGAUUUUGAUCAGCUAUGGUGGCUAUCCAUUGUUGCUGCUGUCAUGUCUUUUACUUACUCAACCAUUGGGCUUGGCCUUGGAAUUGCUCAAGUUGCUGGAAAUGGGAAAGUUAGAGGGAGUUUAACUGGAAUUAGCGUUGGAACUGUUACUCAAACACAAAAAGUAUGGAGGAGCUUCCAAGCUCUUGGAGACAUUGCUUUUGCAUACUCUUACUCGAUUAUCCUUAUCGAAAUACAGGACACUCUUCGAUCUCCGCCUUCGGAGGCCAAGACAAUGAAGAAGGCUACUCUAGUAAGCGUGUCGGUCACGACGUUGUUCUACAUGCUUUGUGGUUGUGCGGGGUACGCCGCGUUCGGGGACUUGUCGCCGGGAAACCUCCUCACGGGGUUCGGGUUCUACAACCCUUAUUGGCUGCUUGACAUUGCUAAUGCUGCUAUUGUUAUUCAUCUUGUUGGUGCCUACCAAGUCUAUUGCCAACCUCUCUAUGCCUUCUUUGAAAAGUAUGCAUCUGAGAAGUUUCCUGAUAGUAAAUUCAUCACCAAAGAGAUAGAGAUUCCGAUUCCCGGGAUCCGCCCCUACAGACUCAACCUCUUCCGGUUGGUUUGGAGGACGGUUUUCGUGAUCGUGACGACCGUGAUCUCGAUGCUUCUCCCGUUCUUCAACGACGUGGUUGGACUCCUUGGAGCUCUAGGAUUUUGGCCUCUCACGGUUUACUUCCCGGUGGAGAUGUACAUUGCUCAAAAGAAGAUACCAAAGUGGAGUUCAAAAUGGUUGUGCCUGCAAAUCUUAAGCGUUGCCUGUCUCAUAAUUUCGAUAGCAGCGGCAGCCGGUUCGGUCGCCGGGGUCGUCUUAGAUCUAAAGACUUACAAGCCCUUUAGCACAAGCUUUUGAUUCAGAUAGAUCAGGCGCUGCAAUGAAAAGGGGUUGAUCCAAAUGCCAUUUUUAAUUCAAGUUCUUCAUAAAAAGGCUUCAAACUCUGAAGCUUCUCUUCUUUUGGUUAUUUUUAGUGUCGUUUUCAAGAAAAUAUAUGAAAUCAUGAUUGUACAUGUUAAAAACUAUGAUCAUUCCAUCUUUGUAUCGUUUAUAUUCUCAAUCGAAUUAAAAAAAAUUGAACAUUUUCGUGCUA